CCCCAUCCAAAAUAGACCUCGACGCCGCGGGCGCAGCCGGCGCAGCUGCGAUGGCGAGAACGGCACAGGGCCUGAGGUUAGCGGCACUUUGCCAAUGCCUCGUUUUGGCAUGGAUGGCUCCCCAGAGGAUGACCUUCCUUGCACCGGCCACUGGCUUGGGCUCUGCCAGCUCCAUUGGAAGGGCGCCAAAGGUGGCUCGGCAAUUCAAGAAUGCGCCCCCAGAAGAGGAAAAGAGCAAGGAUGCCUUGGAAGAUGUGUGGCGAUACAUUGGUGGAUGGUAUGAGAUCAAGAAGAGUGAAGAUAAACUCUACUUCAGGGAGAACAACCUUCAAGGAGAGCUAGUGGCCCAGGAUGACUGGCUUGUAGCGGAGCUCGCCCCUGCCGGCACCAUCCGGCUCAAGCUCGGCCCUUCAGGAAGGGAGGUUUUGUCCAACUUCAAGCCAGCAGAUACAGACACCUGGGGUGACACCAUCACAGCUCUUAGGGAAUGGGAAUCUUUGACCGAAAGAACCGAUGCCCUGAAAGGCACCUUGAGUGGUGCCACCUUCGAUGGCACCGUGGAUGGUGUCACCGUGACCGUGGAUGGUCGUCAGCGCCCCGUGAAUCUUCAGAUCUCCGAGGCGUCGAUGGAUGGAGCCAAGCUCGGCCAAUUGAUCAAGGAGGCACAUAGCGAGGCGGUGGGAAGAUCUAUGGAGGCCAUGACGGAGAACCUGCAGGAACUCUACGCCUCCCACUUCUCCGCCAAAAAAUAGGCGCCAUCAGCCAGUAGAAACACGGGAAACACCCCCGGAGAUUCCUCCGGAACAUUGGCACCCAAAAAGGGUCAAAAAA